AUGAUGAUUUAAAACUCAUGGUUUUUUUUCAAAUUUUUUCAUUUUAUUAAUAAGUAGUUCUCAAUUUUUUAUCAAGCUCACUUAUAUUUCUUACAUUUUGAAUAAACCUGUUUGUAUGAAGAAAAAAAAGAUUAUUUUUCUUUUACAAGGGUUGGGGAUGAGCUUUGUACUUUGUAUUUCUUUUUAGUUAAGCAAUUAAAGCUUCUGAAGGCAAGGGCAAUCUAAAAAGUGAGUAAAUUGAUACUAAUAUUCUUUAGAUUUGGAUUAACCAGAAACUGUCUUUGGUAGUAGAUAUGAUAAUAUCAAGCCUCCAGAACCCUAAUUUUGUUAAGAUAUAAGAUUUUUAAUUAAAUCGAUUAGAAAACUUUGA